GCAGUGUGAAAUUCUCUGAUCAUGAUUAUGAAAAUCUACCGAAAUUUGCCGCCGAAGGAUGUUCUGGCGUGCAGUUUCAAGAGAAAAAAGAACCAAAGCUUGUUGUUUUCGAAAAUUACAGCGAACCAGCUGAUUUGAGGGCAGAAAUAGACGCGUUGAAGGAACAAGAAGAGAAUGAUCCAUUGUACAUGGCUCCUGUGGACGAUGCUUGUCAAUUCAAAGCGACAGCACCUGAAGAAGAGGAGGAUAUGUACUGCAUACCAUACGAAGACCAGGAUCCGCCACCACCACUACCAAACCCCUGUCUUCCACCAGGUCGCUCGUUUGAGAUCGUCGACUCCUCUAGACUAGAACCCUUUCCCUUUGAAGACACCUACGACGUGGUGCCCGACUUGAGCGGCGAUGAGGAGCAGUGCCAUUCGACGCCCAACGAUGACGUCCGUCCCGGCGAAGAAUACGACGAGCCCUGGGAGUGGAGCGUGGGUGCCCGGCUCACCAGCAGCCUACAGGUGUCCCCAUCCUCGCCCGGUUGCCUGUCCCUAGACACCACCGAAGAUAGAACGUUCUCUGAACCGGCCGCUGGAGCAUCCAGCGAGUCCUUGCUGUCCGAUUCCGAGUCCUGUUGCGACGAGGACGAGAUGACGGCCAGGCAGAGAAGGUUGUACGAAACGGCUUUUGAUAGCCGUGUCAAAAGAGACGCAGACGACUUGGACAGGCUCAUGCAGAGUCCUGUUCUGCAAGGGGACCUGUUCCACAACAGGACUUCAGGUGACGGUGCGCCCGUUGUACGAGCCGCAUCCAGGUCCUCUUUUGGCUCAACAAGUGGCAGUUCUGCCUCGAGCACCCCCACGCAUCAGCCUAUGGUUAUUGCCCGCCAGUCUCCGAGACAAAGACACUUGCCUUUGCAUUUCACGCCCACCGAAAGACGGAAAGUGACCCUCAUACGCGACCACCUGCCCGCCAGGUCUUUGUCUCCCCAAGCGAGGCUUCUGAAUGUCACUAACGUUGAAUCCUCACCUAGAGCCUUAGCACAGAGUGAUACGAACCGAAAAGUGGUGAACUCUAGUUACGUCGAGCGAAAGAUUUCGUUCAAUAAUCAGUGGGACAAUGUGUCGAGAUGUUCGUCGGAUAAAAGUUCCAGUCAGGAAUCGAUGAAUGUCGUCGAUCCCAAAGACGAGUUCAGGUUAUCGUCGAACAACACCAAGAAUGAGCAGCAGAGGAACUUUGUGUUGGGGAAAAGCUCAAGUCGUGAUAACUUAGUGUUUAGGGACGAUCGACGAAAUUUGACUGCCAACUACCCUAAUAGUUGGAAAGAACUAGCGAACUCAAAAUUGGAAAAUUCUAAUGAAAUACAAAAAAAUGGUGAUAAGACGGAUGAUACGUCUUCCUCUUUCAUUUCCAAGAAAUCUUCUGUUAGUCAUUCCGGAGUCAAGGUGCUACCUAGAGACCACACCCGCUUAUCAAAGCCCAAGAACAAGGCGAACUCAUUAUUUUCCGAUCCCAGCCAAACGCAGAAUUCUGAUUCGGAGUUGAAGGAGAACCAUUCUCAAGGCAUCGAGGACUGUUCUCGUCGGAAGGCCACCAGACCCUCCAGCCUCUUGUCCGAAGUCCGGCCUCUGGACAACGUCCCUCAGAGUCCAGACAACGACCACAGGUCGUCAGAAGAUUACGAUCCGCCCUGGGAGUUCAAGGCCAACGUCCUCAGGCCUUCUGUAAAUGGGUCUAUAUCCGUUCCGGAAAGGCUCUCUCAGCCAAUGGCCAGCCAGAGCCAAUUGCCGUCUUCCUCUACGCACGAUAAACUGGAGAGCGAGGACCAGGACCAAAAGAACCUUCCAGUUGCCAUUCCAAAGGCACUGCCUGCUAAACCUACUGGUCCUCCAUCUCGGUCGAAUCUAAACUUGAACUUGAACUUAAAUUCCGACUCUCCUCGAAAAGCUCGCCAGAACUUGACCCUCAACUUCGGCUGUGCAGCGCUCAGUGCUGUUGGAGAGAAAGUGGACGCUGAAUUGACGCUAGAAAAGCAAGGGUGGUACCAUGGGUCCAUCAGUCGACUGGACGCCGAGAACUUACUACGGGUGCUCAAGGAAGGCAGCUAUCUGGUACGGAACAGCGAGAGUUCUAAGCAAGAUUACUCCCUGUCUCUCAAGAGUGCCCGUGGCUUUAUGCACAUGAAGAUAGUCCACAGCGACGGCCGAUUUAUUCUAGGCCAGUUCAGCAACCCCUUCUCAAGCAUUCCUGAGAUGAUCCACCACUAUUCCAUCAACAAGUUGCCCAUCAAAGGGGCAGAGCACAUGUCCUUACUCUAUCCAGUCAUAGACCAGCUUCUAUAA